UCUCCCUCCGUGACCCGCCUCUGCUUACCCAGGCCCGAAGCCCUUGCUUAUCCUAUCCCAGUCCCUUCCAGGGGCGUGGGUGCUGGGGAGGGAUCGGGUAGCCCAGUGGGUCCAUGUGUGUCCUCCUGGGGCCCUAGCCAGGCCCAGGUCCUGGACAGUGUCCUAGGGCUGGGGGCACUGGGGCUGACAAUUCGGGCAGUCUUUUCCACAGCUGGCCCAGCCUCGCUGCUGCUGCUACUGGUCAGCUUCCUGGCCUUCGACCUGCUCCACCGGCCUGCAGGUCCCACCUGGCCACAGCACACACAUCUCACAGGGGGCCAGAGUCAGGGGGCCGGCGAGGGUCCAGGGCAGCUGGAGGCUCCACUCCUGCCCACGGUGGCAGUCACAGGACGACUCAGCCUCCAGGAGGCUCUGCUGCUGCUCCUGGGCCUGGGGCUACUCCUGGGAGCCCGCGGCAUGCCCUUGGCCCUGCUUGCCCUGGCUUUCUGCCUCCAUCCUUGGGCCUGAAUGCCCUCCGGAAAUACACUGACCAUGCUGUUUCCUCAGGCCUCCUUUCCUCCACCCUGGUCUGGGAAGGCGGGAGGAUACUCCUUUAUCCCCCAGACUGCACCUACCUUGGGGGACCUCUGAGGUCUCCCCACAAUGUGGACAGUAGAUACCUAGGUCUGAGUCCAAGGGCAUCAGUAAAAAGUGAGAUAAGGGACAGGGAGCCCAGUGCAGGGUAUGGGAGCCAUCUCAGAACCUCUAGGUUAGGGGUGGCUAUUCUGGCCUCCAUUGUGGUUCUAGAGAAUGAGGGUCCAGAGAGAAAGAACUGCAAGAGAGUGGAGCAGGACUGGAUAUCGGCCAGCAUGGAAGGGAGGGAUCCAGAGAGGUCUUUCCACAAGAAAACAUGAGAAACUACUACCAGGCUCCCCUGCCAGCCCACAGGGUCCAUGAAAGAGGCCCAGGUAAGCCUCACAUCCUGCAGUGUUUCAUCUCUUGGCUGGACCCCACCCUAGCCCGGGUCACAA